AUGCCCUUCUCUUGUGUCCGGAGAUCGCGUUCCAUGGACCCUGACUCUGAGCACUGCCUGUCAACUUCCUGUCUGCCAUUUACCCCUGCCUACGAGACCAACGCCCGGCUAAGUCUUGAAAUCAUAUUACAGGGAACCAACCAUGUCAGUGGGUCGGUGCAGCCCAGAUCAGCUUUGAUCCCCAAUACCCAAGCCCGCGAUGCCAAGCCCCGACUCCUUCUCAUGGGGCUUCGCCGGAGUGGAAAGUCCUCCAUUGCCAGUGUGGUCUUCCACAAAAUGCCUCCGAAUGAAACCCUCUUCUUGGAAUCCACCACUCGAAUCCAAAAGGACUCAAUCCACUCCUUUAUGGACUUUCAGGUCUGGGAUUUCCCCGGUCAGCUAGAAUAUCUCGAGCCAUCCUUUGACCUGGAGGACAUCUUCGGAAGCCUCGGAGCCCUGGUGUGGGUUAUCGAUGCCCAGGAUGACUAUCUUGACUCCGUGGCGCGGUUGAACCGAACCAUCUUGACAGUUCAGCAGUAUUACCCAGGUAUCAAUAUCGAGGUUUUCAUCCACAAGGUCGAUGGACUCUCGGAUGAGUUCCGCACCGACAUCUACCAGGAUAUCGUGCAGCGCAUCUCAGACGAACUCAGUGAUGCUGGGUACGAGAACGCACCCGUGCACUACUACCUCACCUCUAUUUACGACUACUCCGUUUUCGAGGCCUUCAGCAAGGUCAUCCAGAAAUUGAUCCCUAACCUGUCCACUCUUGAGAAUUUGAUCAACACGCUAGGUAACAACUGCGGCUUUGAAAAGACCUAUCUCUUUGAUGUGCUCAGCAAGAUCUAUAUCGCCUCCGACACCCGUCCCGUCGAUAUGGCCUGCUAUGAGAUGUGCUCAGACUAUAUUGACGUGAUUGUCGAUGUCUCCGAGCUUUAUUCGUGGGACCACCCUGAACGCCGGCCUAAAGGAGAUCAGAUCCAAGAAGCGGAAAGCCACGUUGUCCUGCACGAUGAUACAAUGAUUCACCUGAUGGAAAUGAACAAAUAUCUCUGUCUCGUUUCGGUCAUCCGCAACCGUGAGUCGAAGGAGAAACGCGGCCUGAUCGAUUUGAAUUGUCGCACCUUCCAGGACGGGUUGAACGAAGUUUUCUCGCGCCGCUGGGAACAGCUAGAGGAGUCUAAUCACCUUGACCAACUUGACGGCGGUGCCUUAACUUGA